AUGUCUGAUCCAAUUCAAAUCACUAAAACUACAAGGAAAAGAUUAAGAAAUAAUAGCAUUACUAAUAAUACAGCCGCUGCUUUAAAUUAUGAUAAUAUGAACAUGAACAUGAAUAUUAUACCUAAUCCACAAUCUAUUAAUACUCUAUUGGAUCAAACAAUAACUUCAAAUAAUACUUCUACCUCUACCUCUGAUUCUAUACAAAAUAAUAAUAAUAAUAAUAAUAAUAAUAAUAAUAAUAAUAAUAAUAAUAAUUCUCAAUUAUUGGAAGAUAUGUCGUUCAAACAAUCUACUCUCUUCAAUAAUAAUCUGACUCACGGUUUAAAUCUAAAUGACUCAAAUAUACAGAAAUAUUAUGAAAUUGCAAUAGAUGAUAAUAGUGAUCAAGAACAACAAAAUAACAACGACAACGUCCUUAUCCAGGACGAUCACAACCAAGAUGAUGAUCUCAUUUUUUUAAAACAACAACCUGUUGGUUUUCAACCAAACUCCUUUUAUUCCUAUUAUCCUGUCAAAAAACAAAGAACCAUCUCUUUACCUCAACUACCCCAUGUCAAAUUGAACUACUUUAACAAUAAUAGCAACCUACAAACAGAUAAUUUAAACAAUACUUUAGACAAAAAUGGUAACAUUGGUGGCAGUGGAAACAGUAGUAUUCGUACCCCUCAUACUUCACAGAAUGAUAACGACUUAUUAUAUUUGACUGGAUCAAGCGCACUUACUUUAGAAGGAAAUAGAAAAAUUAAAUUAAAUAAAAUUUGGAACACUUCUAAUAAUAAUAAUAACAAUAACAACAACAACAACAACAACAACAACAACAACAACAACAAUAAUAAUAAUAAUAAUAGCUCUAACUCCUCCAUCAUAAAUAUAUCCACUACCAAUUCAACAACAACAACAGCAACAACAGCAACUACUUCCACUUCCUCUGCUGCUGAUCUCAAAAAUUCUAAAUCUUUUCAAACUGAUAAAGAUGGCCAUUAUAUUUUCCAAAUUGACGAUUAUUUUGGUCCAAACGGCAACCAAUUCAAAUCCUUACAGUUACUGGGACAAGGAACUUUUGGUAAGGUAUUGAAAUGCUUAGAUACUUACGCAAAUCAAUUGGUAGCAGUCAAAAUUAUUAGAUCAAUUGAUAGAUAUAGAGAAGCCGCCAAGACAGAAUUGAGAAUACUUUCUACUAUCCUAAAUAAUGACCCAACUGGCCAGUUCCAAUGUCUGCUACUAAAGGAGUAUUUCGAUUAUAAAGACCAUAUCUGUCUGGUCACUAACCUCUAUGGGAAAUCAAUAUAUGAUUUUAUGUGUUCAAAUGGUAUUGCAAGAUUUCCUGGAUCUCAUAUCCAAGCCAUUGCAAGACAAUUGAUUAGAUCAACUUGCUUCUUACACGACUUGGGGAUCAUUCACACAGAUUUAAAACCAGAAAAUAUUCUACUAUGUGACGAAUCCUUUAACGAAUAUCAACUGCCCCCAGAAAUAGUAGAAACUUUAUCAACAAGAAGAAAAUUGGCAAGUAAUAAUGGCAUGAGAAAAAUCUUAAAAAAUCCAGAGAUAAAAAUUAUCGAUUUCGGUAGUGCAAUCUUUGUUAAUGAGUAUCAUCCACCUGUCAUUUCAACUAGACAUUAUAGAGCCCCCGAAAUUGUCCUGGGACUAGGUUGGUCGUACCCUUGUGAUAUUUGGUCUAUUGCAUGCAUUCUAAUAGAACUAGUGCUUGGUGAGUCCUUGUAUCCUAUACAUGAAAAUUUCGAACAUCUGGCCAUGAUGGAAAGAAUUAAUGGCGAGAGAAUCCCAGUUAAGUUAGUUGAAAAAUCAUUCUAUAAAUAUAAACAUAAGUUGGGUAAUCUACCACAGGAUUUAAAUUCCACUGUUUUAAAACAUUUCGAUAGAAAUUCAUAUCAACUGAUUUGGCCUGAAGUUAAUAAAAGAACAGGAGAAACGAUCACGCCUUUGAAAUCAAUUAAGCGAGUCAUGAAUUCUUGUGAUCGAUUGGAUAUGAUGGUAUCUAAAAUAUUAAAAUUGGAGUACAAUAACAAGCAUUUUUCAAUCAAUUGGAAUUUGACACCAAGACAAAAUUGGAAUUUGAUUAAGGGCUCAUUAUACUCACGAGGAAAUAACAAUAUUAUUCAAAGUGAUAACCAGUAUCAGAUUGACCGUGAAACUUUCUUAUUUUGGUAUUGGUUUGUAGACUUGAUGAGAAAAAUGUUCGAAUUUGAUCCAACCAAAAGAAUCUCUGCAAAAGAAGCUUUAAAUCACGAAUGGUUUAAUUUAGGGAUAUUAGAUGAUGGUAUUUCCAAUUUUGAAAGUGAUAGUUUCAAUUCUACAAUAAUGAACUAA